AUGGCGGCUACGGCAGCAGAGGGGAUCUCCAGCUUGAAGCUGGGCGAAACCACCGGCAAACCCGCCACCAACACCACCAAAAUUGGCGAAAAGGCAGACGAUGUAGACCACGAAGACUCGGACGACGACGCCGAGGAGGCCGAUGGUACCCCCGGCGCAGCCGAAGACGGGGCGAAGAAGAAGAAAAAGAGGAAGCCAAGAAAAAAGAAGAAGAAAAGCGCAGCAGCCACCGGGCCGAAGGUGCAAACCUCCCCGCCUCGAGUCCUCAUCCACGAACUCUUUCCUAAUGACACCUACCCCGAGGGGGAAAUCUGCGAGUACAGGAAUGAGAAUGCGUAUAGGACGACAAACGAGGAAAAGCGCCAUCUCGACCGCAUGAACAAUGACUUCCUCACCGACUACCGUCGUGGCGCUGAGGCGCAUCGCCAGGUGCGGCAGUGGGCGCAGAAUUGGAUCAAGCCAGGCAUGAGCUUGACUGAUAUUGCCAACGGCAUAGAAGAUUCGGUGCGUGCUCUGACAGGCCAUCAGGGUUUGGAAGAGGGUGAUGCCAUCAAAGGUGGGAUGGGUUUCCCCACCGGCCUCAGCAUCAACCACUGCGCAGCGCAUUUUACUCCUAAUGCAGGAGACAAAAAGAUCUUGCAGCAAGAGGAUGUCAUGAAGGUGGAUUUCGGAGUCCACAUCAAUGGCAGGAUCGUCGACAGCGCCUUCACUAUGGCCUUCGACCCUGUCUACGACAAUCUCCUCACCGCCGUCAAGGAAGCGACAAACACGGGAAUUAGGGAGUCUGGCAUCGAUGUCCGCAUGUCCGAUAUCGGUGCGGCCAUUCAGGAAGUCAUGGAGAGCUAUGAAGUCGAGAUCAAAGGGCAGAUGCUCCCCGUAAAAUGCAUCCGCAACUUGAACGGUCACAGCAUUGGAAGGUAUAGCAUUCAUGGGGGAAAGACUGUGCCUAUCGUCAAGGGAGGUGACCAAACUAAGAUGGAGGAGGGUGAAACCUUCGCUAUCGAAACAUUUGGAAGUACCGGGAAGGGCUACGUUAGGGAUGAUAUGGAAGUAUCGCAUUACGCGAAGCGCGACGAUGCGCCAAAGGUUGCGCUCAGAGUCUCGUCGGCCAAGACGCUAUUGAACUCAAUUACGAAGAACUUUGGUACCCUGCCGUUCUGUCGACGGUACUUAGAUCGUCUUGGACAUGACAAGUAUUUGCUUGGGUUGAACAAUCUCGUCUCUGCUGGAAUCGUGGAAGCGUAUCCUCCGCUUUGCGAUAUCAAAGGCUCUUACACUGCCCAAUUUGAACAUACUUUCAUCCUUCGACCCACGGUCAAAGAGGUCAUUAGUCGCGGCGACGACUACUAG